AUGAGUGGCUCCAUAUCCGAGGGGCGCUCCUUGUCGCCUGAGAAAGGAGACACAGCAACAGAGAGCAACAAUUCGCCCUCUGAUCUUGACAUCGAAAAAAACACACACAAACCCGUGGCCGCUGCAGACAGCCCUCCAGGUCCGCCACCACCUCCCAAUGGAGGGCUCACAGCGUGGCUGCAGGUUCUUGGAGGGUUCCUGUUUGUCCUGAAUACCUGGGGAAUGGCGAAUACGUUUGGUGUGUUUCAAACGUAUUAUUCGAGCAUUCUCCUCACGAACGACACUCCAUCCGCGAUCUCCUGGAUUGGGUCAAUCCAGGGGUUCUUAUUGUUGUUCGUUGGUGUUUUCAGCGGCAGAGCCUUCGAUGCUGGAUACUUCUACCUUGUUACCGGACUUGGAGUUUUUCUCUCGGUGUUUGGGAUGAUGAUGACAUCUUUGUCCACCAAAUACUACCAGGUUUUCUUAGCCCAAGGCAUUUGCCUUGGACUGGGCUCUGGAUGUCUUUUUACCCCGGGAAUUUCUUUAGUUGGGCAGUAUUUCUCAACCAGGAGGGGAUUGGCGACAGGUAUUGCAGCCAGCGGAAGCAGCGUGGGCGGAAUUAUCUUUCCCAUCGUUGUACGUCGACUCAUCGUAACUGUUGGAUUUCCCUGGGCAGUGCGUGCCAUGGCAUUCAUCAUGCUAGGUACGCUGCUCAUUGGAAUCUCAGUCCUCAAACCGCGACUUCCGCCGCGCAAGUCUGGUCCGGUUGUGGAUGUUGAGGCCUUCAAAGACCCUGCCUACUCCACUUUUGUCUUUGGACUUGCGCUUGGAUUCAUGGCCUUCUUCAUUCCUUUCUUCUACUCGGACAGCUACGCAUUGAAUAUCGGCUUAGACUCAGAGCUGGCAUUCUAUAUUCUGAGUAUCAUGAACGCGGCAGGAAUGGUUGGCCGAUUACUACCCAAUGCUAUUGCUGAUAAACUCGGCACUUUGAAUGUCAUCAUUCCCUGUGCAUUUAUCUCCGCUGUCGUUGUCCUUUCCUGGAUUCCGGUUCACAAUUUAGGUGGUCUUAUCGCCACAUCUGUGUUGUAUUCAUUCUUCUCCGGGGGCCUUAUGGCGCUUCCUCCCGCCGUUCUAGUGUCUUUGAGUCCUAAUCUGAGCAAAAUUGGAGUCCGUGUCGGCAUGGCCUUGACAAUUGGCUCCCUGGGGGUUUUGAUUGGGUCUCCGGUUGCGGGGGCGAUAUUGUUCAGGCAGAACCAGAACGGCGACCCUGAGAGUCUCAAUUACAGUGGGACGUUGGCGUUUACUGGAAUCUCUCUCUUUGUCUGUGGGCUGCUCAUGACCGCCACUAGGGUGAUAAAGAAUGGGGUGAAGCUCGAGAAGCUGUAA